AUGGCGGUUACUGGCGGAGUUGCCCACACUACGGCCAUUUCCCUGACAGUUGUCAAGCUACUGUUCCAAAAGCUCAGUGCUCAGAAAGUUGUCUCCCAGGAUAUCGGAAAGUUCCCGGCUUCGCCAUACAAUCCUGUUGUCAUAGUUGUGUCACGUGUGCAUAUGGAGAAAUGUCCAAUAUUACAGGUAAUGGAUAGUGAAAACUGCAUGAAAUGCCCCGAUCAUGAAUGGCCAAAUGAGAACAAAACACGCUGUAUAUCCAAACAAUCAGAAUUUCUUCCCUUCGCUGAUGACACGCUCUCACUAGUAUUUAUAGUCGUCUCACUGUUGUGUUUUGGGAAGACUCUUCUAGUUCUCGUCGUUUUUAUUUUACACCAGGACACGCCAGUUGUGAAAGCCAAUAACAAGAGCCUCAGCUUCGUCCUCCUGGUCUCCAUCAUGUUGGGUUUCCUCUGUGUGUUCCUCUUCCUGGGUCGUCCUGUGGAUGUAACCUGCUUGCUACGCCAAGUUUCCUUUGGAAUUCUCUUUACAAUAGCCGUAUCUUCUGUAUUGGCCAAGACUAUUAUGGUUUGCAUUGCCUUCAAAGCCACCAAACCCAACAGCGUGUGGAGGAAAUGGAUUGGAGUAAAACUGCCCACCUGUAUAGUCUUAGCUUGUUCCAAUGUUCAGGUUAUAAUCUGUGUUAGUUGGUUGUCCAUCUCUCCUCCCUUCCAGGAAUUGGACACACACUCCUACCAGGAGAAGAUCAUCAUUCAGUGUAACGAAGGGUCAGUUAUCGGCUUCUACUCUGUCCUGGGGUAUAUGGGGAUCCUGGCUGCUGUCAGUUUUAUUAUUGCUUUUUUUGCCAGGACAUUACCGGACAGUUUUAAUGAAGCCAAAUACAUCACCUUCAGCAUGCUGGUGUUCUGCAGUGUCUGGAUUGCCAUGAUCCCGGCCUAUCUGAGCACCAAAGGGAAAUACACGGUGGCUGUGGAGAUAUUCGCCAUCCUGAUUUCCAAUAACGGUCUCUUAUAUUGUAUAUUUCUUACAAAAUGCUUUUUAAUUCUCUGUAGACCAGAACUGAAUACAAAAGUCUAUCUGCACAGUCAAAGAAAUAUAUAAACUUUCUUUAUUUAAAGACUUAAAAAAGUAGACAGUUAUUUAUUUAUUUAUUUUAUUAUUAUUAUUUUUUAAUUUGUUAAGGUUGCAAAAAGUAAAAUGACUUAUUUAAUUUCCACUUGUAGUGUAAGAGAACAAUUAUUAAAAAAUAAGCAAAUGUACAUUAUGUCAAUCAAAUUUCAAAUAUUUAAAAUAUGUUAAAGAAUUCAAUCAUCAAGAUAUAAAUGUUUCCAAAUCACACAAACACGCCCAUAAGACACACACAUCUCUAUCGGUGUCAUAAAACUUAAAGUCUGAACUCCAGACAGAUAUGAAAGAUACAAAUUCUUGCAGCUCGUAAAUAAUACAGCAUUAAAUGUAUUUUUUAAAGAUGGAUUGAACGGCCCCCUGUUCAGUUCCCGGCAGAACUUUUAAAGAUUGCUAAAGUUCGGAGCCAUAUGACAAACCCCAUUGAAGUCUAUGGGACCCGAACUGAGAAAAUCCAAAGUUCCCA